CCCCGCGUGGCCCCGCGAAACGGGGGCCGGAGCCGAGAGUCCGAGAGGCGGGAUUCGGACCGGUUAGUAGAAAGGAGAUCCGAAAAGGUGGAACUGAAUUUGUAAAUCUCGAUAAGGAUUGGAAUUAAUGCGGCGAGGGAGGCGCCUAAGGCCCACGACCCUGGCCAAUCAGCGUCCGGGAUGAGCUGAGAGGCCGGGAAGGGGAAAGGGGCCAAAUGGUACUGCGGUCACAUGCCGCGGGUUCUAGUGGGAGGAGCGGUUGCCCAGCGGCCGCUCGGCGCUUCCUGUUUCCGGUUCCCGGAGUGGAGCUCAGCGAGGCGCCGUGGGGGACGCUGGCUCUGCCACGAGCUCUGGGAUCGGGGUCUGCAGCCGGCCCCUUGCUGGCUCUGUCUCCCAGGCGCAGGCAGAUAUUCGGCCGGGGAUACUGAGCUUUGGCUGCUCGCUUUGCCCGUGACACGAUGGUCCCCGUCGACAGCUCCUGGAGGACUGGUCUGCCCCUGCUGCUGCUCCUGGCCGUGGCAGUGAGAGGGUCCUGGCAGGCAGAAGAAAAAACAUGCGACCUGGUGGGAGAAAAGGGUAAAGAGUCCGAGAAAGAGUUGGCUCUACUGAAGAGGCUGAAACCACUGUUUAACAAAAGCUUUGAGAGCACCGUGGGCCAGGGCUCAGACAUGUAUAUGUACAUGUUCCGGGUAUGCCGAGAAGCUGGCAACCACAGCUCUGGGGCAGGCCUGGUGCAGAUCAACAAAAGUAAUGGGAAGGAGACAGUAGUGGGGAGACUCAACGAGACUCACGUCUUCAAUGGAAGUAAUUGGAUCAUGCUCAUCUAUAAAGGGGGUGAUGAAUAUGACAAUCACUGUGGCAAGGAGCAGCGCCGGGCAGUGGUGAUGAUCUCCUGCAACCGACACACCCUAGCGGACAAUUUCAACCCUGUGUCUGAGGAGCGAGGCAAAGUCCAAGACUGUUUCUACCUCUUUGAGAUGGACAGCAGCCUGGCAUGUUCCCCAGAGAUCUCCCACCUCAGCGUGGGUUCUAUCUUACUUGUUACGUUUGCCUCACUAGUCGCUGUCUAUAUCAUCGGGGGGUUCCUGUACCAGCGACUGGUGGUGGGAGCCAAAGGAAUAGAGCAGUUUCCCCACUUAGCCUUCUGGCAGGAUCUUGGCAACCUGGUCGCAGAUGGUUGUGACUUUGUGUGCCGAUCUAAACCCCGAAAUGUGCCUGCUGCAUACCGCGGUGUGGGGGAUGACCAGCUGGGGGAGGAGUCAGAAGAAAGGGAUGACCAUUUAUUACCGAUGUGAUUGCACUUUAAACGUCCAGCUUCUUCAGUCCCCAAACCAAAGCAUCUUCAGCCAGAUUUCUUAAGCAGUCUCCACUCCAGUCUCUCAUCUUACCCUUAAUAUUGCUCUUGCUUUCCAGUUUGCUUUUGGUUUGCAGCCACUCACUUGUCAGUAGUAGAAAUGCCUUUCCUUUGUUCCCUAUUUCGUUUCCCCUCAAGGUACCCUUACAGGACAAAGAUAAUAGGGCCAGUGACAGCAGAGGCGGUUGCACUGUCCUCUCAGUAUCAGAAAGUACAAACAGGAGUUCUUCCAAGCAAAAGGGUGUGGCAGGCUCCCUGACCCUUUCUUUUUUAAACACAUUUUCACAA